CAACUAAAAACGUAUUAAAAUUUCAUUUUCAAACGAACUCCCUAAAGAAACACCACUCAAGCCAAAGGUAAUGCGUCAAAUUAGAGUUCAUUGAUGCGUUUGUACAUCCCAGCGGAGGGAUACGACAACAUCACCGUGAGAAGGAAAGACGGGGCGCUGCUUCUAGAUAAGGUAGUUAGCGUUAGCCACGCGUAGUCCGUUGUUAGAAAGUCUCUUUUUUUUAACUAAUUUUACUCCACCUGACAUGAUAAUAAUAUCUUACUAAACAGUUAUCCGAUCUGUUGCGGUGUAUGGAUUGCCUGACGUGUCGUUGAAAGAAUACAGGUAACGUUGCCAGAAUGCCACUUCAUGGGAAAAUUGUCGUGAUCAAACGGAGUGGAGGAGAUGGCACUGAAUUUCCCCUCACUGCGUCCUGCUUGUUUGGAAGGAAGCCCGACUGCGAUAUUCGCAUUCAGGUUGCUCAGGUCUCUAAGGAGCACUGCCGAAUUGACCUAAAUGAAAAUAAAGAGGUUAUUUUGACAAAUCUGAGCUCAGUAAACCCGACCCGUGUCAACGGAGAGGCUCUACAACAGUCUGAGCGCUUGAAGCAUGGAGAUGUUAUAACCAUUGUUGAUCGUUCUUUCAGGUUUGAGUACCCGCCAGCACCUACUCCAAAGAAGUUUGCUAAAGAAGGCAAAAGUGAAUCUCCUAAACCACAUCUGAAAGAUGGAACAAAUCACAACAUCCAGCGAUCCUUGGAGGAUGCCAAGGAGGCUGGUGAUAUGGAACCUAGCAAGGCUGUGUCCCCUUUUAGUGAUCUCUAUCAAAUGAUCAAAAAAUCUCUGGAUGUCAAGACCCCUCGAAAGUAUUCUGACAACAACUUCCAGAUUCCAAUGAGAAAAACCCAGGAAGAUGCUGGCACAAUAGAACCGCCAAAAACCGACCUGGCUUGCGGUGAAGGUGUCGCAGAGGCCAUCCCCCCAAAAUCCGACCAGAACAUCGAGAAUCCUUCACAGGUUCUUGCAUCUGAUGCAGCACACAUUCCUCUUAAAGAUGCAGAAAAUGUGAUAUCUGAAGCAACCUCACCACAGACCAGACAGCGUAUGGCUCCUCAGAGGUUUUCUGCAGGUGACGUUAUGGAGAAAGUGUGUUCUCCAACACCUAAGUCGCCAAUGAGACGGAGGAGCAAGGAGGUUACACCAGCCAAGGAACAGGGGAAAGUCCUAACUCAUAGUCCUAACGCUGACUCGGCAGGAGUCGCCGGAAAAGUGCUGAAAAAACGCAAGAGUGCAGAGCUUUUAAGGAAAAAGCGGGUUUCCUUCGGAGGCUACUUAGUUCCUGAGUUGUUUGACAAGAAAUUGCCACCAGAUUCUCCGCUACGAAAAGGAGACACUCCAAGGAGGAGCCUGAGUCUGGACAAACCCAUACAGUCGCUGCUUCGACGUGCUUCAGUCAUUGGCCUGCUAAAUGAGGCUGAUGUGAUGGAAUCGCCUAAUCGCCCUCCUGCUAAAAAAUCACUGAAAAGGAAGUCCCUGUCUCCGGGAAAGAAGACAAAAUCCCUCUCUCUAAAGAGAAAAUCACCAGGAAAAAUGUCACCAAAAUCAGCCUCUCCAAAGAGGGAAUCACCAGGAAAGAAGUCACCAAAAUCAGCCUCUCCAAAGAGGGCAUCACCAGGAAAGAAGUCACCAAAAUCAGCCUCUCCAAAGAGGGCAUCACCAGGAAAGAAGUCACCUAAAUCAGCCUCUCCAAAGAGGGAAUCACCAGGAAAGAAGUCACCCAAAUCAGCCUCUCCAAAGAGGGAAUCACCAGGAAAGAAGUCACCCAAAUUAGCCUCUCCAAAAAGGGAAUCACCAGUAAAGAAGUCACCAAAAUCAGCCUCUCCAAAGAGGGUAUCAUUUGGAAAAAAGUCUCCAAAAGCAGCCUCUCUGAAGAGGGAAACACCAGGAAAGAAGUCCCCAAAAUCAAAGACACCUUCUCCCAAGUUGCCAAGAUCUUCACGAGUAUCUCCCAAGGGGGCGUCACCGAGAAAGAAGUCACCAAAAUCCAGCACUCCCUCUGCCAUAGCCUCACCUUCUGGAAAGAAAUCUCCUACAUCGAAACCUAGCACACCUAAGAUAGCCUUUUCAUUCAGUAAGAAACUGGCAACUCCUAUGGCCAACACAAGGACAUCCCUCAAGUCUACUCCUCGGGAAACACCGAAAGCUAAAACCUCUUCAGCCUCCCAAAGGGAAACUUCUUCGCUGCAAGGGCGCUUCUCUGUGUCACGCAUCAAAACCCCUUCGCCGAUCGCAGAGGAUGCCGUCACAACGCAGUGUGUUAUGGACACACCCAAAAUCCCACUGAGAAGGAAGAGCAUGAAGAGCACAUCGCGCAAGACCCCCUGUUUGGCAAGGAGUGCUGUUAAAGUCAUGCUCAGACGAAGUAGCGUUUCACGGGCAUCUUUGAAAGUGAUGAGUACCUGGGCAGACACUGUCAAGUUUGGCAAGGCUAAAGUCAAAGCGGUUGUACCAGCAAAAAAAGUAGUGAAGAAAAGUACUUCAAAUGCCACAACGGUUAAGAAGAACAUGUCCAAACAGAAGACCCCCGUUAGAAAGCCGCUGGGCCACACGAGCACUGGACACGCAAACUCACCUGUCACCAUAAUUGUGGGCCGAGCUUUAAAGCAGACAGCCGUGCACGCUGCUGCUGCGCCAAAAGUGGUCUUUAACACAGCAAUCUCAAAGAAAAACCUGAAAAUGGACGAGGAUUUGUCUGGAAUUUCUGAAAUGUUCAAAACGCCUGUGAAUGAGAGGAAGCAGAGCUUUCUGCAAAACAAGAGCAGUGCUGUUAAGGCACCAGUGGGAGUCAUGGAGUCCGCUUUGCCGGAACCUUUCUUGUUGAACACCCCUGAAGAGCCAGGUGAAAUGAUGGUUUCUCCGCUCACUGCUGCAUCUGUUGUGAAAGCAGGCAGAUUCAACAAAGAGGCAGUAAAACGCCUUCUUGAUGAUGAGUCUAGCUUCAACUGUGAUGUCUCUACUUUGGAUUCUGCAGCAACUCCUGAACAGACGCCCCAAAUACCUGAGUGUCUCACCGGAGGGAAGAUGACCACAAAUACCCUUACACAGGAACCUGUGCUGGCCCUCAGAGGAAAACUUGUACAAACGCCCAAACAGAAACCUGAGCAACAAGAGUUAUUCCCUGUAGUGAAGAGGAUCACCCCUAAACCUAAAAAUGAACCUGUGGAGGACUUAAGAGGAAAGCUUUUGAAGACACCGAAACAGAAGCCUGAGCAGCAAGAGUACCUCACCGGAGUGAAAAGGAUCAUGAAGACCCCCAGACAGAAGACCACACCAAUUGACUGUCUGAGAGGGAAACUUCUGAAAACUCCCAAGCAAAAGCCUCAAGUGGCUGACGUUUCUUUCAGUGGUCUCGCUGAUUUGCUGAAGACACCACAAAGUCAAGAAUCACAAUCUCAAGAAGCCGACACGGAAACUCCAAAUGUGGAGACCACCCCGAUGAGCUGCAUGUCCAAAGUCAAGAGAAUGGUAAAAACACCAAAACAGAAAAGUUCUCCAGUUGAAGACAUGUUUGGUAUCGAGAGGCUGAUGAAAACUCCUAAAGAGCGAAGUAAACCAGUAGAAGAGCACUUUGGUAUUAAGAGACUCGUGAAGUCUCCCAGAUUGAGGGGCAAUGCACCUGUGGAAGACUUUGAGGGACUUCAAGAUCUCAUGGAGGAGCCAAUACCUGAGCCCCCGAAGCAGACAGAAACCACCGAGUGUGGAGAUCAAGCAACCUUAAACAGCAGUGAUUUGGUCAUAGCGGCUAAAGGAGAAACUGCGACAGUUUUGGUGGAGGUGCCCAUUGAUUCUUGUCAGCCAUCUGAUGCUAAGGAAGUUUUUUCUGAAGCUGUGAUAGAAGAGGAGACACCAGCAAUGACAGAAAUGCCUGCUAUUGAUGCCACCCCUUCCAAGAAACCCAUCCGAGGUAGAAGGGCCAAAAUGGUGAAAUCCAAAGCAGUUAAUAAUAAACAGGAGAUGGCAGUACCUUCUCAAGAAAUUGUUCCUGUUAGAGGAAGACGCGGUAGAAAUACUGAUCCUGUUGGACCUCCCAGGGAUGUUUUUGAGCCUGCCCAGGAAGAAGCGAAAGCUGCUCAAACGACGAAGAAAGGACGAGGUGCCAAAAAAGUAUCUGAGCAGGUCGAAACGUUUCCUGAGAGCAAGCAGAGUCUUCCCCCUGCAGAUAAUGCCCCUGAUGCACCCUUGGAAAAUGCCGUGAAGCCCAAGCGAGGACAAAAACCCAAGCAUGAAUCCAUGCAGUCCCAAACUACACUGCCAGAGACAGAUAUGACUUCUGCCAGCAGUGACCAUGCGUCCCCAGAAGGUGACGAUGAUGACAAGCUAGAGCAGACACCAAGCGAACAGAAAGAUGUUUUGACUGUACAGAAGAAGUCUAUACGUGGGAGAAGAGGCAAAUUAGUGGCGGACACUAGAGCAGAGGAGGAAGUAUGUAAAGAAGCUGUUGACUUGGCUGUAGUCAAAGCAAGAAGAGGAAAGAAGACUGUGGCGAUUGCAACACCUGCUCGUCGACAAACUACCAGAAGUAAAAAAACCAAGGAAGACUCGGUUGGUGCGCAAUCAAAAAUUGUUCAAGAUGUAGAGGUGAAUUUGGAGCCUGUGAUGUCAGCAGAUGCAGUGAAUGAGGAAACGACAUCUACCACUAUGCAAGAGGAUGAGCCUGCAGAGGAACUGGUCGUAAAGCCGAGUCGGGGCAGGAAGACAAAGCGUGCCCAACUUGAACCACCUCAGCCAGAGCCGGAAGGAACACCAAACAGUGUCUCCAAACAAGCUAAGCUACCAGCGUCCCCUAGCCCUAAACGGAGACGAGGGAGAAAGGUGAUCUCUGUAAGUGCUGAGCUAAAGGAAGUUUCAAAAGACCCCUCUGAGGAGACAAAACAGCAGUCCAAGUCUGUCUCCAAAACUAGAGGAAGGAAUACCAGGCAGGUAGCAGAGCCCCAGGAGGUAGUUAAUAAACUGAGGAAUAGCAAAAAGGAUGUAGAAGAACAUGUCGCAGUGGAAACUGAAGCACCACUUGUUACAGAACUGCAAAAGGUAUGUGAUACUACACUCGGAGUUGCAAAAACUAGACGAGGUGUGAAAAAAUCAAAGCAAGAAGCAGCAAAACUCAACUCUGAAUCCACAGAGGACCAAGAGGGUCCAAUUGAGACACCAACUGAAAAACCCAAACGGGACAGGAGAUCAAAACCAGUUGAAGAUGUUGAUGAAACCACAGAAGUGUCAGAGGAAAAACCUGCGCAGAAGCCGCAAAGGGGAAGAGGAGUGAAAACCAAUUCAAAACAUGACCUUUUACAAGUUGUUCCAGCUAAAAGAGCGCGACGAGGAGCCGCUGUCACCUGUGAGAAGGCCAAAGAAGUGGAAGUUCAACUGGAGUCUACUGCAGCGUUAGUUAAACCCAACAAAAGGGGAAGACAGGCCGCAGCCAAAGUCUCAUCAGAGUCAAAUACCACUCAGGAUUCAAACGCCAAAAUAUCCACCAGAUCAGUGAAGUGGAACCCGGAUAUAGAGGUUCACGAGAUUCCAAAAGCAAUGUCCGUGAAAGUGGUUCGAGGCAGAAAGUCAAAGCUUGCUAAUCCAGCUGACACUCCAAGUCAGAGUGAGUCGAAAAAUGCCCAUCAAACUGAAGAGGAUCUCUCAGGAAAAGCUGCAGAAGCUCAACCUGCCAAAAGAACGAGGCAAGGAGCGAAGGCUGCAGACAAAGAGUCCCCCAACAAAGUUGAAGAGCCAAGAACCAGAAGAGGAAGAUCAGCAAAUAAAUGAACAGCUUUGUGUGUGUACAUAAAUAAUCAAUGAUGAUUAGAUGUUUGUUGCCAGUCUUUUAGAUUAUUAUGCUUUUUUAAAAAUGAAUACAAAAUCAAGCACUGCGUGUUCAAUUUUUUUACUGCAGGAAACCUUAUACAUUUAUUUUUGUUACAUGUGUUUUAUUCAUGGUACAUUUUUUUAAUUUAGGCUGGGGAAAAAAAAUAAAACUGUUCAAUUUGAAGUAGCAGUGUUUUUUUUAUAUAUUGUACUCUUGGUUUUAUUACAAUUAUGACAACAUUGGCUUUUAUAUGUUAUACAAUUCUAAACUGGGUAUGUCUUGUUCUGUUGGUUACUACCAUGCAUAUUUCACAUAUUGAAAAACCUUUUUAUUACAGCAGUGAGUUCUGUAUAUGUUGAUCCCUUUUCUAGAAAAUUCUAUAAAGCACCGGCUUUUGUAUUCUGGCAUUUCUCGUGAUAAUUUUCACGUUAAAACAAACGUCCUAAAUCGUUUGGCGAGCGUUCUGUUUUUAGUUAAACUAAAGUAAUUUCUAGAAGUUAAUUUAACCCUUUUUUUUGUGUGGUGUUUGGGUCUGUGGGACCCGUUUCCGAUUUUUAUUAAAAGAAAAAUGAUACAAUACAUUUUUCAAACUGA